AUGAUCUUGAUGUUAUCGACGUGCUGCCGUCGCUACGACGCCUUCAAGACGCCUACGAAGACCACGACUGUCCCACGUAUCCGCGAGGAGAUCGCCAAAGACAAGGCACUUCUCCUCAUCUGGUGCUUGAUCUCGCACAAAGGCUGA